UUGCGAAGAGUGUCUGUGUCAUGGAUUAGCGUCACCUCAUGUAGACCAAGAGGGUUCUAGAAAAGCAUAACAAAUACAGGAAAGAGUUACACAAUAAGACAUCUGUAGGAAGUCCGGAAUAUUGCCCGGACAAUUGAUUUUAGUCAAUCACAAUCGUGAGAAACCAGCUGAUGGAUCGAUCUUGAAAGGAUUCCAGAGAAAACUACUGUAACAUUACAGUUCAUAAUAAUUUGAUAGAGGAAGAAAAAUAAAAUGUCAGAUAAGGAAAGCCCUGACAGCCUGGACAAUUCCUUAAAUGGGGAAUUUCCGCUCCAAGAAAAGGAUGAUGGCGAAUUGAACAUGUCAGUGGGAAGUUCAGUAAGCGAUUCAGAAACAGAGAAGAAAGUCCGGACAGAAUCUCCAAGUUCCCCCAGGAUCCCUCCUGCAUUUAUGGUUGCAGCCUCCCCCCCUAAGUUCCUGAGCUUUGAGCAGCUGAUGGAAGCCGCCAGUGGAGUCAAAAACAUGGCCCUGGCUCACGAGAUUGCCGUCAACACAGACUUUAAACUGGAAAGCUUCCAACCCCCUGAUGACAGCAUUGAGAAAAAAGUUAAGGACACGGUCAGAAGAGCAUUCUGGGAUGCAUUUCAGGCCAAAUUAGAUGAAGAUCCUCCAGACUUUUCCCACGCUUUGGUCCUCAUUGAAGAAGUUAAAGAUAAUAUAAUGAUGCUACUCCUGCCGCAGCAUGUGCGAUUCAGGGCCCAGAUUUGUGAGGUGCUUGACGUCGACUUGAUCAGACAGAAGCUUGAAAACGAUGCCUUUGACAUCUACUACUACUCUAACUACAUCAUAGGGGUCAUGGAGAAACUGUGUGCCCCGGUCAGAGACGACCAAGUGGCCAAACUGAAAAACAUCAAAGAAGUUGUCCCCCUUUUUAAGGAGAUCUUUGAGGUACUGGACCUUAUGAAGAUGGACAUGGCGAACUUCACAAUCCAACAGAUCCGGCCAUACUGUCAACAGCAGUCUGUGGAGUACGAACGCAAAAAGUUCCAAGAUUUCCUCAAGUCCCAGCAAGAGGUUGGAAUUGAUGGGCUAGAAUUCACCAAAGCCUGGUUGAAGAGAAGCCACGACAAGAUCACCGAUGUGAAUGCAGUGGAGGAGGCCAUGUCGUUACCCCUGGCAACCCCAGCGGCCAUUGUGAAUGAGGCUUAUAUUGAAUUGUUGGACUGGGAUGAGAAAAAUGUCAUUCCAGAGACUCUUGUAAUGGACCAUGCUAGGAUCUCAGAGCAGAUGGAGAGUGCACACAGACUAGCCCUGAUUUCCUCCGUCCUGAUGAUCACCUACAGUACAGUUGGGGCCUCUAUCUCCGGAGUCCAAGCCCUGAAAGAAAAGUUAAAGUCAGAGAUCUGUACCUUAUUGGAAGGGGUUCCAGAAAGUGAUCUUCCCAAAGUGAUGGGUAAUGUUGGUGAGCAAGUGAACAAGACUGUGAACGAGUUCCUGUCAUCUCAUGGCUUCUCAGCUCGAGACGAGGCUCAGCAAAGGUUACUGGUGGGUCAGAUUACUGAGAUGUCAAGCAAGGACAAUAGGGUCUACAAACUACUAUUUAAAAGACUAUUGGACUUUCUGAGACAAAUCAUUUCAUCCCAACACAAGGAACCCCUCAAGGUGCCCCCUGGGUUUUCUGCAGUGGAGCGUGAACUCAGUCAGCUGUGCGGUCGCUUCCUGCGACUGAUCUCCUACAACAGGUCCGUUUUCGGCUCGUUCUACACAGACAUCAUCAACACGCUCCUACAGAAACACAUGGCUGAUCUGUCUCCAAGGUAACCAGUGAUGAGGUCACGAUGAGGUCAGGGUUUCAUAGAUUGGAUCCUGGCCAAUAUAAGCAAGAUGGAAGGUCUUCGUGUGAGCUUGUUAGUUAAAGGAACUGUUUGAAGACCGAAGUAUGAAUGCAUGAAAAUUAGAAGUUUUGAUAGAAAAUGAAAUGUGGAGAAAAAAAAUUAGUUUCAAUGAGAGUAAGAGUUUUUUAGGAGAAUGCAUGGAAUGGUUCUGAUCACAUUAUAAGGGAGAUAACUCAGUAGUACUGUUACAGUAGCUUAUUGUCGGUGAACUGUGUGUUUAUUUUGUUGAGAUAAUCAAAUAAAGAGCUUUUUUUGGAAGACUGAAUGGGAGAGUUGAUGAAUAAUAUUCAUAGCACAUUUUAAGGGAGAUAACUCUAUAAAUAUCACUUGAAUGUUGAUGUAGUGCAUGUUUAUCGUGUGCAUUAGAAAGUGACUUUUAAUUUUAUGAUGGUUCAAAAGACUGAACAGGGAUGAUGUAACAGUUAUGUGUAAUGGUUUACAACAAUUUUUUCCAGUGAGAUCAAAUUGUACCGAUCAGCUUAUGGCCACUUUAAAUAUUUGUUUUGUGUAUUAGCCAUUGUCAAUAAUCAAAUAUAAAUGUUUCAGAUUCAAAUAAUUAUGCAAUGUACAAUAUGAUAGUAUAGCAUCACAUUUUGAAAUGUGCAUCAAUGUACAGGUAUUGUCUUUCAUAAACUUCCUCUGAUUUUUUUUCUUUAGAUAUUUUUUUUUCGAGGGGGAAAUGGGUGGGUUCAGGGUUUUUAUUUUUAGAACAAAGCUUUGGGCAUUUAAUAUACAUGCAUUUUCAUUCUUUGUUUUUGAUGAUGACAUUUAUGUUCAGUAUGUAGAUGCUUUUUGUGUUUUGAGCAAUAUGUACCUCUUUUGACACCCCCCCCCCCCCCAAAAUAAAAAUGAAAAUUUUACCAGUUGUAAUCUAGCUGAUCCAGCAAUUUCAUAAAAUGUAAAAUUUUAAACAUCAGAAUGAGUUGGGGAGACCUGCAUUACUGUACUACAUGUUAAUAUUUAUGAGUUUUUUUUUUAUUUUAACUAGUACAUUAUACCAAGGUUCAGAUAUUGUCAAAAUAAUUUAUCCUGCCAAUGAAUUGUGAUAAACUGAAAUUAUAUUAGAAACAAAAUUUUUCUUUUUUUAUAUUUUAUUUAACAUACAUAUUUUUUUCAGGCUUGCAUAUAUCUAUGUAAUAGUGCAAUUAAAAUCAGUCCUGCUAUUUUGUUUACGAUAUUGUUGACAAAUGUAGCAGUGAUGUGCUAUUGUGUACACUGUGUAUGGUGUAUAAAAUUAAAUGUUGCUGAUGCAGUC